CGCAGUACGGGGGAAAAUUCCUGGGAAGAAGGGAAAAGCUUGAAAUGCUAACUAAGAAGUUUGGAGCUGCUGUUGAUGUUUUCGCAGGCAUAUUUCCCAUGCCUUUUAGUCUCUUUAAAACUGUCAGCAUAGCUGGUCGGCUUCCAAAGUUCAAGAGCUCGGCCAUAACUUUAAAUAGACGAGACUCAAAUGACACCCAAAUGGAAUUUGGUGCGGCCGAAACCACGACGACUGGGUGGAAAACAAGAAACGGGCAUCAUUAAAAUACUGUUACCGGCCCCUGGUCUUUGGACUCUGGACUUUGGGCAAUGCCAGGGCUCGACCCCGAAAACUCUUCUGUGUCGACAGAGG